GUGGUUUUAUGGGAGAUAUCGCCUUGCCCGACAUUAAUUAUGACGGUGACCCAAUUGUGGCGCGCACUCUGAUUAUACCCAUAGAAGCCGGAUCACAUGACAACGAAGACGACGACGAAAUCACCGGUAGUGAGGAUAGUGAAAGCUUGCCUAAACGAAAUGUGAAUGAAAAGGAUACCGCCUGGGAAUGGCAAUCGGAUGCACCAGCUGACAGGCUGACAAUCGUUGAAAAAGUUGCACCCGCUACUAAAUUCAAUGCAUCUUUCCAACAAGAAUUGGAGAUACUCAAGCAGGAAGUUUAUCACGAAGGCUUGCAAGUGGAGGAGGAGGGUCUGACACAUAUUAUACGCAAGAAAACCAAACUACCGAGUUCACGUUAUGACUACAACAACAAUAAAAAUGAACGUAACCGCAAUGAUGCAGCUUUGUCGGCCAAUGAACCGGUAAAACCCACAAGUUUUUCGUUAAACACCGACUAUUUGAUGAAAAACUUAAAAAAUGAAGUUAUCAGUAGCAAUAACAACAACGACAACGGCCAACGCUACAAACCGAACCCCAUUUACCAUCCAGUUGAUGGUUCAUUUUUCGAUUCCAAGCCAGCUACGCGCGGAAAAUCCGCAAAUACGGACACGAAUGAAACACAACCGCUAGGUGCGCAUCAACAACAACAACUACGGCAGCGCGCUCUUAGCAGCGGUGGUGGAAUGCACACACGUCCAGGAAAAGCCACAACUUUUGAUGCAAACGGAAAAGUAGAGUCGAUUGCUUUACACCGCAGUGGGGAGUAUUUCGGACCAGCAGUUAGUAGCGUCGAUAGCAAUGGCGCAGGUGGAGCUUUCGGACGCACACCGAUUGAGAAAGCAGUCGAAGUAGAGAAGCAACGUAAAGCCGCAGCAGCCAUAAAUAAUCGCAAUGUUGAUCAACGAAAAAUUCAAUCGAAUACGAAGGACAUUGAAAUGGAUUCAGGUAACAAUUUCGUGGCCGAACGUCGCAUGGUCAUACUGCCGACAUCGGUACCUACGCAACGCUCAACAAUGCCGAAUGUUUACAGUAAUUCGGGUGGUAAUGGCAUGAAGCUUGAUGAUGUGGAUUUUUUGCAUGCUGAGGGUGCAGUACGACGACGACAUCGCCGUGGGCGCAAGCAUAGACGCAGCUCAGAAAUGCGACAUGCAGACUUUAAUGCGAAGCUGGAACGCCUAAAGGAAGAACUCAAUCGGCCAGUGCAUACCAUUCACGAUUAUCCAGCGCAAGUACGCCACCAGCGGCCAACACACAACGUGGGCGGCCACCAUGGCGCCAACCACAAAACACAUAACAAGAAGCAAACAACGAAAAUUGGAGUAACAGCAACAGCAACACCUGGAGCAGAUAAAAUAGAAUUCGCCAAUGAACGACCGCUGGAACACGAGUACGGAAAGCACAAGCAACAGCUGGCGCCAGAACCGCAACAGCACCAUCAACGCCACCAUCAAUGGAUGCCAGCGUUGCAAAUGGAGCAAAGUCUAGCCAAAAAUUUCAAUUAUUCUGCAACACCAAGCGAUGAACUGGAAGCUGUGGGCGGUAGAGUUGAAUUCGACGCGUACGAUUCCAUAGCCAGUAGCGACCGCAGUGACGGAAUUAGUGCGGGUACUGGCAGCAAUAUACAAACGCCAUUAGAAAUAGAACUACAAAAAGCUGAAAAUUCAAAGCACUUAAGGCAUCGCAAUCGCAUGGUGCGCGCUGUAACUGCCAAAAAGGAGCGAGUGUGGGAUUACGGUGUCAUACCGUAUGAAAUCGACGGCAACUUCAGUGGUCUGCACAAGGCGCUUUUCAAGCAGGCAAUGCGUCAUUGGGAAAACUCUACUUGCAUCAAAUUUAUUGAACGUGAUCCCGAAAUACAUCCAAAUUUCAUUGUAUUCACAGUACGUAGUUGUGGGUGCUGUUCAUUUGUUGGCAAACGCGGCAAUGGAGCGCAAGCCAUAUCAAUCGGUCGCAAUUGCGACAAAUUCGGCAUUGUAGUGCACGAACUGGGUCAUGUCGUUGGCUUUUGGCAUGAGCACACCCGUCCCGAUCGCGAAAAGCACGUCGUCAUCGAGCACAACAACAUCAUGAAGGGUCAAGACUACAAUUUCAACAAAUUGACACCGGAGGAGGUCGACUCACUGGGGCUGCCCUAUGACUAUGACUCCAUUAUGCACUAUGCGCGCAACACAUUCUCCAAAGGCACCUACCUCGACACCAUUCUACCCAUUGAAGUGAAAGGCAAAAAGCGUCCUGAAAUUGGUCAACGUUUACGCUUGAGUUCCGGUGAUGUUGCACAAGCGAAUUUACUCUACAAGUGCCCCAAGUGCGGUCGUACAUUUCAAGAGAAUACCGGCAUAUUUGCCAGUCCGUCAUACUAUACGGCUGGUGCAUUGACCAACGAGACGGAGCAGUGUGAAUGGCGCAUUACAGCUACACAUGGCGAGCGCGUUGUGUUGAAACUGGAAAAUUUGAAUAUUUUCAAGUCGAACAACUGUCAAACGGAUUACUUGGAGGUGCGAGAUGGUUAUUAUUAUAAAUCACCUCUGAUUAAGCGUUUCUGCGGUAAAGUAAAUGGAGAAAUUUUGAAAACAGAAUCGAGUCGUAUGCUUUUGACGUAUGUCAAUACACAUCGCAUGGAAGGCUAUCGGGGUUUCAAGGCAGAAUUUGAUGUCAUCUGUGGCGGUGAGAUGUCUGUCGACGAUUCCGAGGGUCGUUUAGAAUCGCCCAACUAUCCACUGGAUUACCUGCCAAGCAAAGAGUGCGUGUGGAAAAUCACUGUGCCAAGAGGCUACCAAGUGGCGCUUAAGUUCCAAUCUUUCGAAGUGGAGAAUCACGACAGCUGUGUGUAUGAUUACGUCGAGGUGCGAGACGGUGCCACGGAGGAUGCGCAAUUGAUUGGCGUUUUUUGCGGCUACAAACCACCACCGAACAUGAAGUCAAGUGGCAAUGCUAUGUAUGUGAAAUUCUUGUCGGACUCAUCCGUACAGAAGGCCGGCUUCUCAGCCAUUUUCAUGAAGGAGGUAGACGAGUGCGAGACACAGAAUCAUGGCUGCGAGCAUGACUGCAUAAAUACGUUGGGUGGUUACGAGUGUAGCUGUCAUAUUGGCUAUGAAUUGCAUAGCGACAAAAAGCAUUGUGAAGAUGCUUGCGGUGGCGUCAUUGAAUACCCCAAUGGUACCAUAAGUUCGCCAUCGUUCCCGGAUGCCUAUCCCGUGCUAAAGGAAUGUAUUUGGGAAAUUAUUGCUCCGCCAAAACACAAGAUAUCGCUCAACUUCACGCAUUUCGAUCUCGAGGGCAAUACACAACAACAAACGGAUUGCGGCUACGACUCGGUCACUAUUUACUCAAAAUUAAGCGAGAAUCGCCUAAAGCGCAUUGGUACAUAUUGCGGCACAGCCAUACCACCCACAGCCACCUCGGAGGGCAAUGCGCUGCGCGUUGAAUUCCAUUCUGAUAAGACUAUACAAGGCACUGGCUUCGCUGCAGUAUUCUUCACGGAUAUUGAUGAGUGUUCCACGAACAAUGGUGGCUGCCAGCAUGAGUGUCGUAACACAAUCGGCUCCUAUAUGUGUUUCUGUCACAAUGGCUAUUCGCUACAUGAGAAUGGACACGAUUGCAAAGAAGGCGAAUGUAAACAUGAAAUAUCGGCACCUUUUGGCACCAUCUACAGUCCAAACUUCCCGGAUCUCUAUCCACCGAAUGCUGAUUGCGUAUGGCACUUUUCAACCACACCGGGUCAUCGCAUCAAGCUGAUAUUCAAUGAAUUCAACGUGGAGUCUCAUCAGGAAUGCGCUUAUGACAAUGUAGCUGUAUACGAUGGAGAAUCCGAAAGUAGUUCACUUCUGGGUCACUUUUGCGGCGACAAAAUACCAUAUCCGAUUUCAUCAACAACCAAUCAGCUGUAUAUGGUAUUCAAAACGGACAAAAAUAAGCAGAUGACUGGAUUCACGGCUAUACACUCAACAU